AGAGCUUGAGCUGUGGGACCUAGGACGUCUGUGAGCAGCUGGAACUCUGCGUGGAUACACAGAAGGAAGCUUCACAGUUUCCAUGGUGACCAGGUCAUGGGCAACGGCUCCAUAAAAGCACCCCGGGCUGAGAAGAGUGCGGUCCUCACCCACCCACCCGGCCGGGACCCAGAUAUCCUAACGUUAAGAAUCGCACAUCUCGAGGCCGAGUUGUCUCAGCGAGACCUGAAGUUGAAAGCCCAACAGCUUCAGCUGCUGCAUCUUCAAAGUGAACUGGACGCCAAAGCCUCCCAGGUCGACAAGCUGCAGGAUGCUAUUGGCUACAACAGCAGCCUGGGCCGCUCUCCGCCGGCACCGUGCCACCGGCGCUUCAGUGUCAUCAACCAAGGCCCCAGUCGCUUCCACAGGGUGGCUGUGGAGGUCCACCGACGGCUCCACGCCAAGGAGGGGGUUUCAGCAGAGCCCACCUCGGAAAACUUCUGUGGGGGGUUCCGAGCCGACCCAGUUCCAAAAGCUGUCCACAAAGAUUCAUGCACCAAGCAGCUGAUCAAUAAGGCUAUACUGAAGAAUGAUUUCCUGAAGAGGCUGGAGCCCCAGCACUUGAAGGAGAUGGUGGACUGUAUGUACAUGAAACAGUACAGUAUGGGUCAGCUGGUCAUCCAGGAGGGUCAAGCUGGGAACUACCUCUACGUAUUAGCAGACGGCCUGCUGGAGGUGACUCAGAACGGGAAGCUCUUGGGUGACAUGCGCCCAGAGACGGCGUUCGGUGAACUAGCGAUACUGUACAACUGUCAGAGAACAGCCACUGUGAAAGCGCUGACACAAUGUCACAUCUGGGCCCUGGACCGCCAGUCCUUCCAGACCAUCAUGAUGCAGACCACACAAGCCACCUAUCAGGAGUACUUCAACUUCUUAAGAAGCGUGUCUCUGCUGCAGCAGCUGCCUGAAGAGAAACUGGCGAAGAUCGUGGAUUGUCUAGAAGUUGAGUAUUUUGACGAAGGAGAGUACAUCAUUCGAGAAGGAGAGGAGGGCAACACUUUCUUCAUCAUUGCCAAGGGCGGGGUGAUGGUCACCCAGAGCACCGAGGGCUUCGCUGAACCUCAGCACAUUAAGUCGUUAGGAGUGGGAGACUACUUCGGAGAGAAAGCGCUCAUCAGCGAGGACGUUCGCUCGGCCAACAUCGUCUGCAGUGAGAGCAACACGCAGUGUCUUGUGGUGGAUCGAGAGAACUUCAACCAGAUGGUGGGAACUUAUGAAGAGCUGCAGCUGCACCUCAAGGAAUAUGUGAAGCAGCUUUCCAGGAGCGACAAGAAGAGGAACGCCUUAACGGUCUCCCCUCAUGCAGACUCGACGGAGGGUCGAGAGUUGAGGAGACUCCAGGAGAAGAUCGCUCUCAUCCCACAUCACCAGCCUUUCAAGAGCCUGGAGGUCAUUGCCACACUUGGCAUGGGCGGGUUUGGACGAGUGGAACUGGUGAAGCUGCGAGAUGAAGACGUCACUUUCGCCCUGAAAUGUAUCAAGAAGAAGCAUGUGGUCGACACCAGACAGCAGGAGCACAUCUACUCUGAGAAGAACAUCCUCCAGCACACCAGCUCUCCCUUCAUCAUCAGGUUUUUCCGAACGUUUCUGGACAACAAGUUUGUCUACAUGCUGGUGGAGGUUUGCCUUGGAGGAGAGCUGUGGACUGUGCUGCGGGACAUGAGCUACUUCACCGAGCCCACAGCUCGCUUCUGUACCUGCUGCGUCUUGGAGGCGUUUGACUACCUCCACUCACUAGGAAUCAUCUACCGAGACCUCAAACCAGAAAACCUUCUGCUGGAUGCCAAAGGCUACGUCAAGAUGACUGACUUUGGGUUCGCGAAAAAGAUCGGCGUUGGGAAGAAGACCUGGACGUUCUGUGGAACCCCAGAGUACGUGGCCCCUGAGGUCAUUCUGAACAAAGGUCACGACUUUGGAGCCGACUGCUGGUCUUUGGGAAUCCUCGUCUUUGAGCUUCUGACUGGGAAUCCGCCCUUCUCAGGCUCAGACCCCAUCAAGAUUUACACAAUGGUCCUCCAUGGGAUCGAGAAAGUGGACUUUCCCAAGAGGAUCGGCAGGCACCCAGAUGACCUGAUCAGGAGGCUCUGCAGAAUAAACCCAGUGGAGCGGCUGGGGAACCAGAAAAGCGGCAUCAUUGACAUCAAGAAGCACAAGUGGUUCCAGGGCUUCAACUGGGAGGGGCUGAGGCGACACAAGCUUCCUUCACCACUCAGGAGGGAGCUGAAGGGGCCGACGGAUCACAGCCACUUCGACUUGUUUCCUCCAGACACGGAUGAGCCCCCGGAUGAGCUGUCAGGCUGGGAUAAAGACUUCUGAUCGUGAUGGACGGUGGGAACAUCUGGACGCCAUGUCGCCUCGGCAACCGUGUGCAAACAGCUACAGCUGUGUGGCCUUUCCAAAACAACAUUCACCAACAAUAAAACAAAUGGACUACUGGGGAGCGAUGAGAAGAGGGAGAGGCGUCCCACUCUGACGCUUACACCGCCACUGAAGAACCGUCGAGCUUGAGCAGCAAACAAAAGAAGAUAAAGGUGUAACGAGAUCACGCGCUCACCUCUGACGAUUAUAAUGAAACAGUGACACCGAGAGGCUGAAACUCACUUCCACAUGAACACAAAGUGGAAUCGGUGUCGGUAAGGAAAACGUGAC